AUGUGGUGGACCCGCCAACGUCACUUCUCUCCUCGACCACAAUGGGAUCUACCUGCGCAACGUCAACAACCUACGACGACGACGACGACGACGACGACGACCACUACUUUGUCGGUGGUGGCCAUCGACCACGACACCACACGCAACACACGAACGUCAUCUAUGGUUCAAUCAACUAGCCCACGACCGCCCUCCGUCGAGGACGACGAAGACGGCCACCUUGUUUACCAAUCCGGGGACAUCCUGGCAAAUAGAUAUAAAGUACUGGCCACCCUAGGAGAGGGUACUUUUGGAAAAGUUGUCAAGGUUAAGGACUUGCAAAUGGAUCACGUGAUGGCGCUGAAAAUCAUUAAGAACGUAGAGAAGUAUAGGGAAGCCGCAAAGCUCGAAAUAAAUGCCUUAGAGAAAAUUGCGACCAAGGAUCCGGAAGGCCAACACUUGUGCGUGAAAAUGCUUGAUUGGUUUAAUUAUCACGGACACAUGUGCAUCGCCUUCGAAAUGCUUGGACUUAGCGUAUUUGAUUUCCUGAGAGAUAAUAGUUACCAGCCUUAUCCAUUGGAACAUGUCAGGCAUAUUGGAUAUCAACUUUGCUACGCAGUCAAAUUCUUACACGAUAAUAAACUCACGCACACCGAUUUGAAACCGGAAAAUAUACUAUUCGUAGACUCCGAUUAUGACAGCAUAUACAGUAGCAAAAAGCGGAGAGACAUUAGGCGUGUAAAACGGACAGACAUCAGACUCAUUGACUUUGGUAGCGCAACAUUCGACCACGAGCAUCACAGCACGAUCGUUAGCACACGACACUAUAGAGCGCCUGAAGUAAUUUUAGAAUUAGGAUGGUCUCAGCCUUGUGACGUGUGGUCAAUUGGCUGCAUCCUCUUCGAAUUGUACCUGGGUAUUACCUUAUUCCAAACGCACGACAACCGCGAACACCUAGCGAUGAUGGAACGUAUACUUGGCACGAUUCCGCAUCGUAUGGCCCGCAAAACUAAAACUAAAUAUUUCUAUCACGGCAAGUUAGACUGGGACGAAAAGAGCUCAGCCGGUCGAUACGUUCGCGACAAUUGCAAACCUUUGCAUCGUUGUAUGCUUUCGGACGACGAGGAACAUCGACAAUUAUUCGAUCUGAUCCAAAAAAUGUUGGAGUACGAACCAUCUCAGCGAAUAACACUGAAAGACGCAUUGGCACAUCCUUUCUUUGACGCAUUGCCCGCGCAUCAGAGACUGCCGGAUCUUCGAGCAGCUGGCGAUUCUCAACAAAGUCACGAACGAUCACACUCUCUCUCACGAUGAAGCUAGGAAAGGGACCGACUUCCGUGCUGGACAGACACCCCACUGUCAACGACGCUACUGCCUUACGUCGCUGUUUCCACACCUUUGAAUCAUAUAAGACUGUAUCUUUGCGGCAAUAACAAGAUUCGAUGACGUAACCCGAAUAUCUAAACGAAUCAGAUUAAACGAAGAGACAAAAAGAAGAAAGGAAGAGAGGAAAAUUAGAAAUUUCACUAGGGUAUAUGUAAUUAUAAAUUUGUUAGUAACGGAAGCUGAUGGAGACCGCAAAAUCGCAUUGUUUAUUGAAACGACGUAAAAUAAAAAAAAAAAAGAUCAACGCAGUAGUGCAAUGGUGCUGUGGAAUUUAGAUUCGACGUAAUUUAUGAUAGAGAUCAUCGAGAAUCUUUGCGUAAAAUGAUACAACUCUUUUUGCGAGAUUUUUAAAAUUGGUACGUGAUACCACUUGAUGAGGUAGGUCCCUGUUAAACUGGUUUGUUAAAAGACCAGUGUGUCUGCUCAGUGUAGCGUAAGAGUCCCGCCACUUAUAAACAUUUUCUAAAUGCUCUUCUGUACAUUUUAUCCUUUAAUUUUAUUACAAUGUUAUUAUGCAACAAAGUUUGGAAGAGGGGUCGCAGUUUAUACUCUGUUUGUCAUAGAUUGAUGACCACGGCGUGUUUAGUAGUUAAGAAAUCAGAUUUAGCAUUAAGAAAUAAGUAAAUAUACGCGUACGUGUUGACAUUAAUUAAGAUUAACAAAGAAGAGAAAAUGAAAGCGAGAAAGGGAGGGAAUGUGUGAGAGAGAAAUCCAUGGAACGCCAAUUCACCGUAGUAAAAUACACGUGUUGACGUUUUUAGGAUACGUUAUAUACGAUUUACUUUAAAAAAUCCUAUAAAGUAUUUUUUUUUUCCUCGAAAAAUUUCUUGUAUAAAGACAACGCAAAUUAUGUUUCUUUUGUUUUUGAUUCAGUAUAAUAUCCAAACUUCGUGCAUUGUCUUACGAUAUUACAGACAAUCAUGCGUAUUUUAAGUUCCGCUAGCCCGAGAAAGUUAAAACGAAUCGAUCAUUUUCUAAAUACGCGCGUGUCGCACGUCUUUUAGAAAAGAACCGUGAGCUUACGUACCUAAGAACGUCUCCGCUUUUAUUUAAUAGAGAGAUAAGUUCUUCAAAAUACGAAGCCUCUUCAUCUUGUUUGCCUCUUUUAGUUCUUAUACUCGUACAUACGACAUGACGAAGUUUACCACAUCCUGCUGCUCGUACAAACUACAAAAUGGAAUAUGUCUGAGCACUGCGAAAAAAAAAAACAAAAAAAUGCUGUUUCGGGUAGCAAUAAAAUACAUUUCUUUCAAAUAA